GGAGAAGAAAAAAUUUGAGAAUGAAAAGAAAUGAAAGCAUUCAUAACCGACUGUAACAAUAAAAUAUGCAGCAGUAGCAGUAGAAACCCAUUUUAAUGGCAGAUCGAUUUGCUCAGUGACUCGCAACGUAAAGCAAACGCACCUUUUCCCUUUUCAGGAUUAACUCGCAGAAGAGGCGCAAUCGAUCCGCGUCCUUCUCCAUAUGGCGGAGGACGACGACGAUGAGGCGUUCGGAGAUUUCGCUUUUGCUCCCUUCCAAUCGAAUUCCCUAAUCAGCGUUCCGAAUUCGUCGGCCGCCCCCGCCGACGAGGACGAGUGGGGCGAUUUCGUGGAACCGCCGUCGCAGUCGAAGCCAUCGGGAACCGCUGUCAAUGGAGAUCACCGAUCGGGUAAUUCUGCAUCGCCGGCUACGUGGAUGAAGCCGCGAGGCGCUCUGCCUCUUUCGCUAUUUGGUGAUGCGGAGGAGUCUGGUGAUUUGGCUGUUCCUGGCGAUUUCAAUCGAGAGGAAAGGAAUGGGGGUGCGGAGGUGGUCGGUUCAGGUUUAGCUGGUAAUGGUGUGUUGAAAUCGAAAAGUUUUAGUAUUGCCGAUCUGUACGAUAGAUAUUCGCAGACUAAGCAUGAGAGCCGUGAUUUGGCUGUCAAGGAUGAUUCGGUUGUUAAUGGAGUUUAUUCGAGUGGAAACCAGGCUAGUGGUGAAGCAGCUGUUGUUGAGCUGAAAAACGCGGAGUUCAGUUUUAAGUCUUAUAUGUCGGAUCCGAGCAAGGAGGAGGAUCUCUUUGGCGGAUGGACUGGGGAGUUUAAUGGAAUUGGCUCUAAUUUGAAGACAUCCCCUGAAAAUGUGCUGAUGUUGGGUUUAGAUUUAGAUAUGAAUGGGGAGAAGCAACAAUUGGAUGGCUCCAAUACUGCCGUUGGUGAUGAAGGCGAUGGAGAUGAUGGUGAUGAAGAAUGGGACUUUAAGGAUGCAGACUCGGAAUUUGAGGCUCAAGAUGUGAAUAAUAAUGUCGGCUUGAUGGUUCAAGAGGUUUCUGAAAGUAGGCCAUAUUCCUCUGGGACUGGCAUUGGCUCAACUAAAUCACUUGAUCUGUUUGGGACUUCUAAUGGAUCAAUUGACCUCUUUGCAAGCUCAACUGAACCAGUUGAUUUUUUUGCUAACUCAAGCGGUAUUUCUACCACUUCCCAGGAAGUGGAUGUGAUUGGUAUUCCAAGUUCGGCUACUCCUAAUGGUUUUACUUCAGAUGAACACUUUAUUAUUGGACAGAGUAAUGUUGGAGGUCUAUUGGACUAUAGAGCAGAUGUUGGGAUUGAGGAACUUGACGAGGAUUUUGGAGAUUUUAGUGCUGCUUCUGCAAAAACUGGAGCAGAGCCAAAGUUCUUGGUUCAGGAACUAUUUAUCAAUAAUAUUCUUUCACCCAUUGAAGAUGCAAUGCAAACACCAGAUGGGAAAAUCCAGGAGAAGGAUACAAAUUUAAAUCAUCACAAAGGUGCAAUUCCCCUGUCUAUAUUUGGUGAUGAAGAACCAGAAAAUGGCAGUUCUUCAGAUGUUCAAGAUUUUUUUUUUCAGCAGUCUAUUCCUGCAAAAAGAAGUGAUCAUAUUGCUAGCAGUGUUAACUCUAUCAAUGAUAUGAUAUCAAAUUUAUACAGCCAAGCUGAGCAGACUUCUUCUACAAACACUGAGCAUAACCUUAUUGAAAGUCAGUUGAAUCCAUCCAGUGUAGUUUCAAGUUCCAAUUUGGUAGAUGAUGGCGGUGAUGAUGAUGAUGAUGAUAAUUCAUGGGACUUCAAGGAUGCCUCAGAAGUGAGAUUUGACAGUGAGGCGCCUCUUACUAGCACGGGAGAUGCAUACAUGAGCCAAUCAUCGAAGCUGAAGCUCGAUAAUUAUUUGGAUUUCUAUUCAAAAUUGAAGGAAGAGUUGUGCUUUGUCGUGAAACACCAUAUUGAUAGGAUGAAGAAUGCCCAAGGUGAUGCUAACCUCUUUGUUGAUGGUGUGGGAGCUGAAUCUUUUGAUAGCGAGUUCCAGCUGUUCUGCAAUGAACCUGAACAUAUGAACUUCCUUCACGAAGAAGGCGCUUUACAGGAUCAUCAUACAAGAGAUAGUCAUCUACAUGAAUUUGCUCAAGUUUUGCUGGAGCCAAAAUUUCAAAGACUCGAGUCAGAAUAUCACUUGUCACAGAAGUUGUUAAUAGUGGAGAAUGAUCUGGGGUCAUCUAUGGAACUGAUAAGACAUACAAAGGCGAUGCUUAAGAUCUUGAACAUAGGAAAGCUGGAGGAACAAAAGGUAUAUGUUUCCUUAUGGUCUGAGAUGAUAUCUGUCUGUGCUCAAGAGUUAAGACAUGGUGCCUCGAUUUGGAACGACGCAGUGAUGAGACAUGUUCAAAGCCAAUUUCUAUCUGAACCUCAAGGAAUGAAGUUUGUCUUAGCCCUUGGAGAGAUAUACAGGGUGGUUAUAGUUCUUGGAGCUUCAGCCAUACUUUUCAAGCCUUGGAUUUUAUCCAGUUCAGUAGAUCCGCCUUCUAUCUAUAUUUUGCUAGAGGAAUGCCGUGCUGUAUGGUCGACUUCAGGACUUGAAGAAGCUCUUGCUAGUGUAUCGGCGCCAACUACUUUGAAUGACACUUCAUUAUUCAAGUCCAUCAAACAUAUCCUUGGUCUAGAUGAACUUAAGCUUGAGAACUAUGUUUUUGCAGAGAAAGAAUCUAGGUGUUGUCUGUCUCUCCUAACAGCUGGAGUGGUACCAGACUUGAAGAUUGUAAUGUGGGGAAAUGAGCAGUGUUUUGUUACACUCGCGAAUCUUUGGGCAAAUUUGAUAAGCCGUUAUCCCCCAAACUUGCCACAGCUACAUCUUGGAUGAGAAGGAUAAAUGAGUGAGACAUAUUCAAAUUUCCAUUCUUUCGUAUCUAGAAUGGCUUUGUGGAUCUGUGCUGUGGCAAUGCAUACAUGAGCCUGCUUCGCAGGCAUUGCACUACCUUAAGGCUCAAGGCAAUCAAACUGCAGAAUCGUGUUUGAGUUGCAGAAACAGUUUUGUCCAAAGAAAAAAUUCUUUUGUACUUGUCCUUUAAAGUUAUUGGUGUAUCAGUUGGAGCACUUCUCCUUUAUCAGGCAUCCUCUUCUAUAUGUUUAUAGUAAUGUGAAUGUAGUUUUCUUUUAUUGUAUCAAUCAGUGUGUAGUUGCUGUAUAAGUUUAUUUCGGGUGACUUCCCUAAAUCAUUUUGUACUAAUACUACACAAUUAUUUUCCCAAAAUUGGGAGCUCCAGCUUAAUAUUAAUUUUUUUACUAGUUCA